AUGACAAGACAAGACACCACAGGACAAGACACCACACGACUCUACAAGACAAGACACCACAAAACAAGACAAGACCACACAAAACAAGACACUACAGGACGAGACACCACAAGACAAGACACCACAAGACAAGAUAAGACAAGACAGGACAAGACACCACAAGACACCACAAGACACCACAAGACAAGACACCACAGGACAAGACACCAUAAGACAAGACACAACAGGACAAGACAAGACACCACACGACUCUACAAGACAAGACACCACAAAACAAGACAAGACAUCACACAAAACAAGACACUACAGGACAAUACAUCACACAACAAGACAGGACACCACAAGACAAGACAAGACAACACAAGACAAGACACCACAGGACAAGACAAGAAACCACAGGACAAGACAAGACACCACAAGACAAGACAAGACACCACAGAACAAGACACCACAAGACAAGACAAGACACCACAAGACAAGACACCACAACACAUCGCAAGACAAAACACUACAAGACACUACAUGUCAAGACAGCACAAAACAUUACAGGACAGGACAAGACAAGACACCACAAGACAAGACACGACAAGGCACCACAAGACAAGAAACCACAAGACAAGACAUCACAAGACAAGACAAGACACCUCAGGACAAGACACCAUAAGACAAGACAAGACACAAGAGGACAAGACAAGACACCACAGGACAAGACACCACAAGACUCUACAAGACAAGACACCACAAAACAAGACAAGACAUCACACAAAACAAGACACUACAACUGCUACUGCUACUACUACUACCACCACCACCACCACCACCACCACCACUACUGCUACUACUACUACUACCACCACCACCACCACCACCACCACUACUACUACUACUACUACUACUACUACUACUACUACUACUACUACUGAUACUACUACUACUACUGCUACUACUACUACUACUACUACUACUACUACUACUACUACUACUGCUGCUGCUGCUGCUGCUGCUACUACUACUACUACUACUACUACUACUACUGCUGCUGCUGCUGCUACUACUACUACUACUACUACUGCUACUACUGCUACUACUACUACUACUGCUACUACUACUACUACUACUACUACUACUACUACUGCUACUACUACUACUACUGCUACUACUACUACUACUACUACUACUGCUGCUACUACUGCUGCUGCUGCUACUACUACUACUACUACUACUACUGCUACUACUACUACUACUACUACUACUACUACUACUACUACUACUACUACUACUACCACUACCACCACCACCGUCACCACCACCACCACCACUACUACUACUACUACUGCUGCUACUACUACUACUACUACUACUACUACUCUGGUUUCUUCUCUAAAUAGAUACCAAGUGUUACUAUUCCUGAUUCUACCAGACGACUUGCUGCUGUCCAUCUGCAGCAGUCUGUGUGUCUGCAACGCGUUUCUUCUCUAA